GGAAUGAAUAACAGCCUAAACCAGCACUAUGAGGACAAGGUGCGUCCCUACAUUGAUCUUGUGGACAAACUUAGAACACUGGGAGUAGAGAAGGACCUGAACUUGCCAGCCAUUGCUGUUAUAGGUGAUCAGAGUUCAGGAAAGAGCUCUGUAUUGGAGGCCCUUUCAGGAGUGGCUUUGCCUAGAGGCACAGGUAUUGUGACACGCUGCCCUUUGGUGUUGAAACUAAACAGGACUGAAAAGGGUACCACAUGGUCUGGACUUCUCACAUUCAAGGGCCAAGAAAAGAACCUUCUCAAGCCAUUAGAUGUGGGGAAUGCUGUUUCAAAUGCUCAGAACGUCUUGGCUGGAGAGGGGAAGGGAAUCAGCCAGGAGAUGAUCUCUCUGGAGAUAAAAUCCAGUGAAGUUCCUGAUCUCACCCUCAUUGACCUGCCAGGCAUUGCCAGGGUGGCAACAGGAGACCAGCCGUUUGACAUUGAGAAGCAGAUCAAAGAUCUCAUCGAGAAAUUCAUUAAGAGACAAGAAACUAUUAGCUUGGUGGUUGUGCCUGCAAACAUUGACAUUGCCACCACUGAGGCACUGCAGAUGACAAACAAAGUGGAUCCAAAUGGGCAAAGGACUCUGGGCAUCCUUACCAAGCCUGACUUGGUGGAUAAAGGUGCAGAGGAGAGUGUUGUAAAUACAGUAAAUAACCAGGUGAUCCCACUGAAGAAGGGCUACAUGAUCGUGAAGUGCCGUGGCCAGCAAGACAUCAAUGAGAAUCUGAGUCUGUCUGCAGCUCUCCAAAAAGAGCAAGUCUUUUUUCAGGAGCAUCAACAUUUCAGACCUCUCUUGGAGGAAGGCAAAGCCACAGUGCCUGUACUUGCAGAGAGACUGACCAGGGAACUGGUAGAACACAUUAAUAAGUUACUCCCACAGUUGCACAAACAAGUUGAGGCCAAAUUGGAGAAAACAGUUAAUGAUUUGAGAAGGCUUGGAGAUGGAGUUCCUCAAGAGGAACAUGAGAGAAACAACUUUCUUAUUGGGAAAAUCAGUGACUUCAACAAAGUCCUUACAGAUGUGAUGAGGGCAGAGGAAGACACCAAAAACUCAGAGCCCAAAGUUUUUACUAAAAUCAGGAAAGAGUUUGGAAAAUGGAAACAUCACCUGGAUGACAAGACUAUCAGACUUGAGGAAACCCUCCGGGAUGAAGUUGAAGAGUACACCAAGACCUGUAGGGGAAAGGAGCUUCCUGGAUUUGUUAAUUACAGAACGUUUGAAAACAUUGUCAAGAAACAUGUACAGGAACUGGAGGAGCCUGCUAUAGAAUUACUGAGAGACAUCAUUGGAAUUGUUCACUCCUGUGUGAACAAGGUGGUCAGCUCCCAUUUUGAGGCCUUUCCCAACCUGCUGAGGGCAGCUAAAGAGCCGAUCGAGGAUCUGCUUGAGCAGGAGCAUGGAAAAGCCCUAGAGACGGUAAAAUCUCAAUUUAAAAUGGAGAAGAUUGUGUAUUCACAAGAUCACCUCUACAGCCGCCAGCUAGAGGCCGUCAAACUGAAACCAGAGCCGACCAAGCAGAUGUUUAACUCAAGAGGUCACCUCAUCUCAAAGACAGUGAGUGCUGACGUCAGGGAGAUGGCACAGCACCUAAACGCCUAUUUCAUGAUCACCUCUGACCGUCUGGCCAACCAGGUGCCCCUUAUAGUGCAGUACCAUGUGCUGGACCAAUACUUUUCUCAGCUUCAGGCCGCAAUGUUGCGCAUGAUCGGAUCCCGGAACGCCGAGAAGCUUAUCCGAGAGGAUUCUGGUGUAGCUCAUCGUAGGAGGAGCUUGAAGGACCGUCUGGAACGUCUUAAAAAAGCACGCCAGCUCUUGUCCAAGUUCUUAAUGUCUGUCUCAUAACUGAAUUCGAAUUAUUAAGCAUCAUUAGAAGGAUGAAGGAUUAGAAAGACGACCUUA